AUGGAAUCUCAAAAGCACAUAAACGUCUUGGUGUCGACAUUCGGCGGCUUAGGUCUGCCACCAACAGUCAUCCUACCCGCGCAACCUUCAACCACAGUUACAGCCUUUCGCCACCAGUUGAACGACCGCCUGCCUGUCACUGCUUCAAGACUCAUCCUUACCACUCUAUCGAAUAAGCAACUUCCAAGCGAAUCAGAAAAUACACUCUCUUCAUAUCUCUCUACCAAAAAUGACGACUUUCUCUCCUUACGUCUCAGCAUUCCACUGUGCGGAGGCAAGGGUGGUUUCGGGUCUCAGCUCCGAGCGGCUGGUGGUCGCAUGUCUUCGCGAAAGAAGAGAACACAGGAUGACAACGGCGAGAGCCGCAAUCUGGACGGUCGAAGACUAAGGACUGUCAACGAAGCCAAGGCCCUGGCCGAAUAUUUGGCCAUAAAGCCUGACAUGGAUAAGAAGGAAAAAGAGAAGCGCCGCGCCCGCUGGGAAGAAAUCGUGCAGCAGACAGAAGCGAGGGAAGCAGAAAUUAAAAAUGGAGGAAAAAGCAUGAUUGAUGGCCAAUGGGCGGAAGACAAGGAAGAGAGCAACGAGCGCACCAGAGAUGCAGUUCUCGCUGCCAUGAAAGCUGGCAGCUACACCGACAACCUCAGUAGCUCCCAUGGCUCGAGCUCUGCAGCGCAUGGCGCCAGCCUAUCAGAUGGUGAUGAAAAUUCAUCUGCCAGCUCAAAAGAAUCGCCGCCGCCAGCACAAUCUGCAGUCGAUCCCAAAGGCAAGGGCAAGGCUCGCGCCUUCUUUGGGUUCGACGAAGAUGAUGAGUUUAUGAGCUCGGAUGAUGAAUCGGGCGAUGAUAAGAAAUAA